GCCGGGAGCGGGGCUGGAGUAGCCGCCGCCGCCAUCAUCGUCGUCGUCGUCGCCGCCAUGCCCUCGUCGCCGCUGCGGGUGGCCGUGGUCUGCUCCAGCAACCAGAACCGGAGCAUGGAGGCGCACAACAUCCUCAGCAAACGAGGAUUCAGCGUCCGAUCCUUCGGCACGGGGACGCACGUGAAACUCCCGGGACCAGCGCCAGACAAGCCGAAUGUUUACGAUUUCAAAACUACAUACGAUCAGAUGUACAGUGAUCUGCUUAGGAAAGACAAAGAACUCUAUACACAGAACGGAAUCCUGCACAUGCUGGACCGAAAUAAAAGGAUCAAGCCCCGGCCGGAAAGGUUUCAGAACUGCAAGGACCUGUUCGAUCUCAUCCUCACGUGUGAAGAGCGAGUGUACGACCAGGUCGUCGAAGAUCUGAACUCCAGAGAGCAGGAGACCUGUCAGCCGGUGCACGUGAUCAACGUGGACAUCCAGGACAACCACGAGGAGGCCACGCUGGGAGCGUUUCUCAUCUGUGAACUCUGCCAGUGUAUACAGCACACCGAGGACAUGGAAAACGAAAUCGACGAGUUGCUACAAGAAUUCGAAGAGAAAAGCGGCAGGACUUUUCUUCACACCGUUUGCUUUUACUGACGGGCGCUCCGGGGCCCGGACCCUUGCCCCCGCAAGAAGCAUGUGUGUCAGGAUUCCAGCGCCUGGCCGCCCUUUCUCCCCGAAGACCAGCACCAUGGCUUUCUUUUGUUCAUAUUUUCUUCCUGCCCGGAAUCUAUUUUUCCUUUCAGGGAUCCUGCCCGAGGAAGGCAGCCUCAUCCCACGGAACUGUACAUAGGAGAAUGAGAUGGAAAGGUCAUAUAUUUAAGAUAAACAAAAAUCAAGAUUUUGGUUGCCCCACUUCUCCCAGGUGCAAGUGGGGUUUAACUAUAAGAGGAUCUUUUUUUUUUUUACACCCCCCCUCGGAAUGAUUAAAGGCGGUUUCUAUUGUAUUUUUUUUUCCAGCUUACAAGUCUUUUUAGUUGUGCGAGGGUUUAUUUGUUCGUUUUUUCCUGUAACCCUAGUGACCGGUUGGACUCUUCAGAGUUUGUGGAGGGAGCCGUGACUUGGGGUGGGGUCUGUAUAUCGUUAGGGAUAAAACUGAGGUGUCCAAUAAAAAAGAAAAAUAUCAACCAA